CAGAUGUUGACAUUUUCUGUGUUCUUUUCCUWUUCAUUCGUCGAAUGGGGCUCAUCAAAGGCGUUAGUCAUUUUAUUUUUCUUUGGAAAAUGAUAGCAAGAAGCUCUAUGAGAUUAUAGGAAAACAAAUGCGAUGGAUGGUCUMCCAAACGAACUCAUUGACAAAAUACUMAGUUAUCUCGAUGGSCUUUCGUUUGCAAGAUCAUUKUGUGUUUGUCGAACAUGGAGGCGGCUUCAUGAACAAAAUCAUUAUAAUUCACAUUGGAAACGCAUCUGUUUAGAAGAGUUUACUCCAGAAGCACUUUCAGACAUCACAGGAUAUUCUUUGAACAAGUCAAAAAAUAAUUUAGACUGCGACUUUGUUAAAAAAGAAAACUUGUCAAACUUGCAGAAUGUCAACUGGAAGGAAGUUUACAAGGAGUGCUAYCGAAGCUGGUUUAUUGGUAAAUGGCCUAGUCUAGGAACAGAGUUAAUAGGACAUUCAGGGCAAGUCUAUGAUGCCAAGUUUUCGGGUGAUAGAGUUAUCACCUGUGGUGCUGAUGCUACUGUKCGAAUAUGGGACAGCUGGACUGGUAGUUGUCUUCACAUUUUACAAGAGCAUCAGCAGGAUGUUGUUUGUCUUGCCUUACGAAGAAAAACUGGUGUUUCAUCACAUGAUGAUCAGCCCCAUGAUCUUAUCAUCUCUGGUUCUGAGGACCGCACUGUCUGUAUUUGGAACAUGCAAAAUGGGAAGUGCAUAAAAAGGCUGCAGCAGAGCUCACGAGUGAACUGUGUUGCCGUGUUAGGUUCCAUCAUUGUUGCUGGCUGUGGAAAUCAAUUUGCUGAAGUUUGGGAUAUAAGUAAGGACAAUGAGAAUGAGCCAAUUUGUGCUGUUGGUACUGAAGACUGGAUCACAUAUGUUGGUAUCUGGGAUGAAUUCUUUAUAACUGUUACUGCAAAAAACAAACUUGACUUUUGGACAUUGUCAGGUGGUCAAAUUGCCUCUGUCAUCAGUCAUGCCAAUACAAACAUCACUUGUGCUGCACUCAGAGGAGACAGAACAUUGACAUUAAGCUACUGUGGAAAGCUGUCAGCAUGUCAACACAAAAUGGUUGAUGGAGCAAUUGACUUUAGUAUCUUACGAUGCUACAAAAUCAUCGCAGCAGGCAUUGCAGGCAUUCUAGAGGGCACAUGUAUGGUUGUGUAUGGUAAUCUCGUUGCUAUAGGAACAAAACAUGGUGCGAUCAAUGUUUAUCAUCUGGAGAAGGACUGGGAUAAGCAGUUUCAGCUGAUUCACACAGUCAUCCAUAGCUUUGAGUUAACGAGCUUUAAUGCAAUUGACAUCAGCGAUGAUGGUACAGGACCAUGUUUACUAUCCGCGGGGCAGGAUGGGAUCGUUCGGGUCGAAAGAUGGUUCCCUUGGCCAAUUAAGUGAUCGGUAAGAAUAGUGCAUUAUGGCUGGUUCUUGAACAACAAAACGGAAACAUUAACACAGACGUAAGGCAUCACAGACAAGACGCAAGCGCAAGCACAAGUACAAGUGACAUCCUAGAAGACGUAUGCAAAAAUACAAAUAACUAUGCUCUCUUGAUUAAGCAUUUGUCAAUAGUUUUCAAGUGUUUUUAGCUCGUCCUCAUUUUACCAACUGGAAAGAAUCAAAGCAAUAAAUGAUGAUGAUGCUCAAAA